AUGACCACAUCAGUCACAUGCAAGACAUCAUACGUGACGCCUCCUUUGGGUCAGUAUGUGUCCGAGCCCGUGAACGUUAUCAUCAGUCAGAAAGGAUGCGAUCAAGGUCAGGUGGUCAGCUCGGAGUGUAACCUUAUGGAAAUGACCGAGGUUGAAUACACAAACCUUCAGCACCUCAUUCAGUCUCACAUGGAAGCUCAGGAUGGUGCUGAAGACAGCAGGUUAAAUCCGCCAUCUUCUGCAGGCUGCAAGAAUGAAAACACUUGCAAGGUGUGUCCAUCUCCGUACAUGCCACCUGCCUGUCAGCCAGAUGCAGCUUCUUCAUCCUCUUUGCCCACAGAUGUGCAGUUUGUCUCAGUGCCGAGUAACCAAGGAGCCGAAGACGGUCAGGAAGUUAAAGUGCUUCUUUACAGUGAUCCGAGUAGCAUAAGCAGUUUAGGAGAGAGCACUCCAACUGGCAACGGUGAGAUUCCCGGCUCUUUGCUGGCGAAGAUGAGAUGUGCCGUGGAGGUGGCAAGAGAGAGAAACGAUCACCGAAGGUUCUUUCCCUCUGGUUCGAGACCCAACCCACCUGCACGGGUUUGCUUGGAGAAGAGGUUCAACUGCGACUUGUAUGAUUUAACCAAGAAACAAGAGUCACAGGCUUCAGUACUGAAUACAUUGUUGUCAGUGGUUCAUAACUGUGUGGACGUGCCAGGUAUCGCAAUGCAUUCGCAGCCGGAAAAGUGGCCCAAUGCAGAGAAGACCGAUGCAGUGGAGUAUAAUCAUCCAUACACAGGGAAUCAAACACUCGGUCACUUCUCUCAGCUGUUAGAGGACAGCAGACAUCCUGAAGGCAUCACGUCCAAGAACCUCAGCGUUAACAACCCUGCUGACUCUGCACCAAGAUCCGUGUGUAUUAUACACACCGGCACAACAAACGAGGAGCAGGUCAUCAACAUAGAAAACAAGAUAGUGCAAAAAGCUAUGAAGCGAUCCGGCACGCAUGGAGCCCAAGCUUUGCAAACUCAGGACCCCAAUAUAAUGCCGAGCUCAGGGAAACAGAAACCGGCUUGCAUUACGCCUCGUCGUAAGCUAGGUCGAAGAACCCGACUUCCUAUGGAGACUAAUCAGCGUAAAGAGAGACACAACCUCAAGGAGAGAGACCGCAGGAGGAGAAUACGGCUGUGUUGCGACGAGCUGAACACGUUGGUGCCAUUCUGCUAUGCUGAUACUGACAAAGCUACAACUCUUCAGUGGACAACCGCCUAUCUCAAAUAUAUCGGAGAGGUCUACGGAGACUCUCUAAAACAGAGCUUUCAAAACACGUUCUGCAGGAAAACCGGCGUUCGGAUCAAGCCGAGCUGCACUACUGAUGCUGCCGAGUGCGAGAACGUAGCACCAAAGGAGUGA